AUGACCCCGGUACAAUUCAGUUUUACCACGGCAUUCAUCCUAGGCCUAAUAGGCCUAACAUUUCACCGAACCCAUCUCCUCUCUGCCCUACUCUGUCUAGAGGGCAUAAUACUAGCACUCUUUGUUGCUUUGUCCCUCUGGACUCUUCAAACAGAAGUGACCAAUUUUUCCGCGGCCCCAAUAUUAUUGCUAGCCUUCUCCGCUUGUGAAGCUAGCGUCGGAUUAGCCCUCCUCGUAGCGACAAACCGCACCCAUGGCCCAAACCAACUGCAAGCCCUUAAUAUUCUACAAUGCUAA